AUGCUGUCCCGCGUUUCUGACACCGCUAUCGUCGCGCCUGUCCCGGCGCGCGCGCCAGGGUUGGUGCAUCCUGGCUUCAUGCCUCUCGACGACAAUAACGUGUUCAACCCGGAAGGGUAUGACGAUGAUCCGCGCACCAACCUUCACCCAGUACGACCACCGAGCCCGAUCCCCGGAUCCGCCUCCGAUCACUUCCACCCCAUCCCCUCGUCUUCCUCCUCGUCACCCAUCAUCCACCACCCCUCCUUAUCAACUCUCGCGCCUCUAGUGCGCGCCGUCCCGUACCCCGCACGCACACCGCGCAUGUCGCAUACCGUCAUCUCACCCCGCAAGCGACAUCGCGCAUCUUCCACAUCACACGCCGCCAAAUCGUGUCCGACGCCUUCGUCUCCGCGAGUUGCGUACGCGAUGCGCCCGUCUACUUCGUCGAGUAGUCCCGGUGUGCCUUCGCCAGCGUAUCCCGCAGGCUUCUAUCCCACACCCUUGCCGUCUCCCCCGCGUCAAAGGGUUGCGCCGACCGUGCUUUCUGCGCGCUGGUCCCCUCCCCCUGCGGAUACUCCCGAGAAGAUGGAUAUAGAGCAGAAUGAGGACGUCGUGGGUGAUCGAGCUCGCGCCGAAGACGAACGCAUCACUUGGGAACUUCCGCCGCACCUCGGCCGGAGUGAAAUCGGCCGAGAUCAACCGCCUCUUGCCCCGGCCUCUGACCUGGGCGGCCUCCCAAGCUUCCACGACUUGCUCGAGUCUCUGCAGGAGCCGGACACCUCUUCUACCGCUGCGCCCGAUUGUAGACAGGAUGGAGUUGUCGAGCAGGAGAUCGAGCGGACGCUCAGCCCGAUGCGUCUCAUCUUCACGCCCGUGUCGAACUCUACGAUGGCGAGUGCUAUGGAGGGGUUAGAUGUCGAGCGACUGGCUGGGGAGGUGAAUAGUGUUAUGGACUCUCGUUCGUGGUGA